GCGCACCGGAAAGCCCGCCCGUGCCGCGGCCCUGUGUUUGCGCUGCGGGCAGAGAAAGGAGCGGAGCGCCUGCAGCGGCCCAGCCGAGCCUGCCGCACGACACGGGGCCGAGCCAUGUCUGACCAGGAAGCAAAACCUUCAGCUGAGGACUUAGGAGAUAAGAAAGAAGGGGAGUACAUUAAACUCAAAGUCAUUGGGCAGGACAGCAGUGAAAUUCACUUCAAGGUGAAAAUGACAACACACCUCAAGAAGCUCAAAGAAUCAUACUGUCAAAGACAGGGUGUUCCAAUGAAUUCACUCAGGUUUCUCUUCGAGGGUCAGAGAAUUACUGAUAAUCAUACCCCCAAGGAGCUGGGGAUGGAGGAGGAAGAUGUGAUUGAAGUUUAUCAGGAACAGACAGGGGGUCACUCAACAGUUUAGAUCCUUCUGAUUUUCUUCCCCCUUAAUCCUUUUUUAUUUUUAAAUAAUAGUUCUUUUGUAAUGUGGUGUUCAACACUGAAACUGGCACCCCAUCUCUGGGAGUUUACUUUCAAGCGUCUGGUAUUUUGAAUUCUCGUGCUCAUUAUACACUAUUGUUUCUGUUUUCAUUGUGCUGAACUUCUGUGAUCCAGCUGCAGCCUUGCUCCCCUCUUCCCUUCUGCCCUCCCCUUUAGGAAUACAUGUACUCACAUGCAUUUGUAUGUUCACUGGGUUCGUGCAUUUCAGGCACGAGGGCUGUAAGAUCUGCCAGGUGGGCGAGUGUUCUUAAUGACUUCCAUAUCUGCCCUGAAGUUUUGAUGUGUGACUGUCUCACUCCUGGACUAUAACUUUCAGUGCGAGAUGAAGUUUUUCAGAGAACUAAACUGUGGAGAAGUUGUGUAUCCAUAACUCAGCUAUUUUGCUUAAAUUGUGCUGAUGGCCCAAUGAAGAAGAUUGCCGAGUUGGAAAUGGAAAAACUAGAACUGUUGUCAUCUGUUCCUUGCUCCAGAGAUGGCUUUGCUGAAGACGUGAAAUUGAAACCCCUAAUGAUUUUUAAAUAUUACCAGAAGAGCCCAGAAGCAUUUUAACUUCAUAUAGGAAUUAGUAUGCACAGGUAUCCAUGCAAGAAUGUUCACAGCAGCCAGCUGGUGUUACUUUGACACUCUUGUUUGUACCUUUUGGCCUGGGACGUGGGUUUUGAAUGGACAUUGUCUGUACCAGCUUCAUUUAAAAUAAACAAGAAAACCAAUUUUAUAAACAA